GGGGCCGGGCGGCGCGCACAAGUCAGCCGCGAGUUGCGGCGGCCGGCGGCGGAGCGCUGGCUGUAACUUGACACCGGAGCGAGAGGCCGAGCGGAGAGAGGGAGCGAGAGUACGGCGGUGGCGGAGGAGGAGAGGAGCCCCAGGGAGCGGGAUGGUGACCACCUCCUUCCCCUCCCCUUAGCGGCGCUCCUCAGUAGCAGCAGCAGCCGCCGCCGCAGCGCCGGGACUCUCGCCUGCCGCGGAGUCGGGGACAGCCGGCGAUGGGGACGGGACGGGUCCCCUAAGCUCCCGGGAACUUUCCCCGCCGCGGGCAGCCGGAGCCGAGCAGGCGGAUGGAGGAUGCGCUUUCCCCGGCGGGCUGCGUGAGCCGGCGGCGGCGAAGGGGAGGAUGAAGAAGAAGCAGCAGCACGGCGGCGGGGACUGCCCGGCGCCCCGGCCCCCCGAGGCGGCGGCGGCAGCGGGAGGGGGCCCCGGCCCGGGCCAAGGCGGGGGCUGGAAGAGGCGGCGGCCCCUUUCGCUGCUGCCCUUCCUCUCGCUGCGCGACUACGGCUUCUGCAUGGCUGCCUUGCUGCUCUUCUGCCUGGGCUCCCUCUUCUACCAGCUCAACGGGGGGCCCCCGCACUUUCUACUGGACCUGCGGCACUAUCUGGGAAAUUCCACUUACUUGGAUGACCACGGGCCACCCCCUCAAAAGGUACUUCCUUUCCCCAGCCAGGUGGUCUACAACAGAGUUGGAAAGUGUGGGAGUCGAACUGUGGUUUUGCUUUUGAGAAUUUUAUCAGAGAAACAUGGAUUCAACCUGGUUACAUCUGACAUCCAUAACAAGACAAGACUGACCAAAAAUGAACAGAUGGAAUUGAUUAAAAACAUAAGCACUGCUGAGCAGCCCUAUUUAUUCACUAGACAUGUUCAUUUCCUCAACUUCUCAAGGUUUGGAGGAGACCAGCCAGUGUACAUCAAUAUCAUUAGAGAUCCUGUCAAUCGAUUUUUAUCCAAUUAUUUUUUUCGACGUUUUGGAGACUGGAGAGGAGAACAGAAUCACAUGAUCCGUACCCCCAGCAUGAGGCAGGAGGAAAGAUAUCUGGACAUUAACGUAUGUAUCCUUGAAAACUACCCUGAAUGUUCCAAUCCCAGGUUAUUUUACAUCAUACCAUAUUUCUGUGGACAGCAUCCAAGAUGCAGGGAGCCUGGUGAAUGGGCCCUUGAAAGAGCAAAGCUGAACGUUAAUGAGAAUUUUCUGCUUGUGGGCAUUCUGGAGGAGUUGGAGGAUGUGCUGCUUUUAUUAGAGAGAUUCUUACCUCAUUAUUUCAAGGAUGUGCUUAGCAUCUACAAAAACCCAGAACAUAGGAAACUUGGCAAUCUGACUGUGACAGUGAAAAAGACCGUCCCCUCUCCAGAAGCAAUACAGAUCCUCUACCAACGCAUGAGAUAUGAAUAUGAAUUUUAUUACUAUGUCAAAGAACAGUUCCACCUGCUAAAGCGCAAGUUUGGACUGAAGUCUCAUAUCAGGAAACCACGUCCCAGACCCGAGUUCUUCAUUCCGUCUCCCCUGGAAACAGAGGAACCAAUAGACGAUGAGGAAGAAGAUGAUGAAAAGUGGCUAGAGGAUAUCUAUAAAAGGUGAUGGAUGGAAGAGCUAUCCUUUCUCUUCUGGUGACCCCUCCAGCUUUCUUAAGAUUUUUUUAAUUAUUAUUAAAAGUAAUUCCUUAAGGAACUGAGUUAAUGCGCAGCAGCAUUUGAAAUGGAACAUUUGAGACCAUUCCCACAUGCUGGGCCAUCAGAAGAUACCUGGAUUUGCAGGUUUGAUUCAUCAUAUGAUGUUGGCUCUGUAGCAUACUUGCUAUAGCAUGGUUCAAGAGAGAAGUAUCUACUGUCUAUCACAAAAUAACUUUUGGAGUACGCAGUAGUCCUCUGGGAACCUGCAAAACAUUAAAGAAUAGCUUGGGCAGUCUUGAAAAGUAAAUUUUACAGACUCUUGUGUCUCUCUCUCUCCAGAAGCAAGUCUUCAUUGCAUACCACUGCGGCAUUAGCUAUCGGCAAUGGGAACUAUGGGUAGUGAGCCAUUUGGGAAGAGUGCCUCUUUCUGCCCAGAACACACUGGUAUGCCAUUGCCUUGUCUGCGCACAUCCAAGGAUAACAGGCUCAGAAAGGGCCUAGAUAAUGGCUUCUGAAUUACCCUGUGUGUGAGGAGCAAGGCUACUAUUCAGAAAAAUUAAUAUUAGUGGAAACAAGGCAAGUUACAGGAACCGGAUGUUUUUUGGUGAACCCUUCUUGUUCAUAGAGCACAAAAAAGUUACCAGGUCAGUGAAUGCAAAGUGCAAGGCAGAGUUAACUAAACAGUAGAGUUUGGUUUCUGCAGUUGAGUAUGUUUCUAUUAGACUCUGAAAGAAAAGGUGCAGCAUACCUUUUUCAUGUUCAGGAAGGGUCUUUGUAGAUUUUUAUUCUUAUAGGUCACAAAUCCAAAGAGAUACAGAAAAAGUCAAUCAUUAAAAAAACUUAGAUGAUUUCAACUUCUCCAGUUGAAAUUCCUCAGAAUGAUAAAACAAAGAAGGCAUGCUCUGUGAAAUAAAAGCUGAUUCAAUGAUAUGUUAAGAGAGCCACUGUGAAAGUUGCCCUUGUUAAUCACUGCAAGUGUUACCAGCAAACACUAGAAAAGGGAUGGUUGGAGGCUGGGAGGGGAAAGGGAAAUAGCUCAAUUAUGUGGCAUGCUGUUGCCUUUAAGGUGGGUAUCCCUGAGGUUCCCUGUGACCUGUGGGCCUGCUGGCUAUUCAACAGCCUGCCAGGACUGAUGGUGCAGAAGUGACAGACCUGCAUGCAGCAAUGGGCACAGCAGAACAGGCAGGAUUUGGGGUCUUGAUGAGGCCUUGGCUUCUUGUGUGCCAUUGUUGCCAGAGGAAGCAGGCUGGUAGAGGAUAAUAGCAAUAAAUUCCUGUCCUAGAGCAUAGGAAAGAAGCAGGGCUGAGUUGUUGCAGCUCCUCUCCAGGAUGAGUCCCAGUAACACUUCAGGGGCUACAUGCCUCUGUCUAACACACAACCUUUCUCAAACAUCUGCCAGGCAAUUUUUGUUUCCUGUUCUGCAGCUGCCUUAGCAGCAUGUCUGCCAUCUGCAUGGUCAUACUUUGGUUUGCAAUAACAAGCAAAAGUUAUUUUGUGAUGGACACAGCGUAUAAACUUGGGUUAAGCUAGAAUGUGCUUUCGAAGGGUUUCUUCUUUUAUGAGCCUGCUGAGAGCCAAUAAACAUUGUGGCCCAUCUUCAUCACCAGUCAGCCUUUCUGUACCUACAUGCAGAGAACGAAAAUAAAGAAGUGUAAUCAUGUUAAGACAAGAUGCUAACUUCCAGAAAAUAUUAUGUAGAAGUUUCUGUUCUCAUUAACAUCCCAAGUUGGUGGUAGCAAUGCACUGCUGUGGGGGAGCACAUUAAAGAAAGCUGAAAAUGGCACAGAUAACAACUAACAUAUUAGCUAAAAUAUGAAUCUGCUGCAUUGUAUAUUUUAAGUGGUUUCUAUGAAAUUACAUUGAAAGAGUAAUGAUUAGUUUACACACUGUGGAAUUGUUAUAUUUUGGAAAGAAAACUAAUAAUCUCACCUUUCUGAAAUUCUGUUUGAAUCCUUUUUGCCAACGUUGUAACAGAAUAAUCAGUCACUUAACACAUUCACCCUUCCUGCAAGUUCACUGCCGCUUACCGUAAAGUCUGUUUUUAUCUGUUUAUUUAAUGGUAUCUUCAGCCAUCACUACUUAUAACCUAAAUACAAAGCCUGUUUAAUGAUUUACUCGCUAGGUUUUAAUGUUGUACUUUUCGUAACAAUCAACCUGGCCUCUCCUCCUCGAAUGGUACUUCAUAAAUUUAUCUGGCGCAUAGCAUCUAAGAUUCCUGGUUCUGCAGUCUAUUUGUCUGUCAUGAAAUACAUUUUACUUAAUUGUUAAAAGGUACGUUUUAAGCUGGUUAAUCUUUGACUUAUUUAUUGAAACUUUUCAGCACAUUCCAAAUUCUAAGUUGCUCAGGAAGAAGUUGAUUUAAAUGAUUAUAUUUUGGUCUGAUUAAUACUUCAUAUUCAAAAAAAAAAAAAAAAAAAAUCAUUGUUUGUAAGCCUUUAGCC